CGAAUAUAGAGCCGCGCCGGAGCUAAACCUUAUUGAAAUGGCUCGAACGUCGUGGGGCGACAACAAGGAUCUGCUUGAAGAACCGAGGUCUCCGAGAGUCAGAGGCCAUUUCUAACAAGUCAAUGCCAUCAUUUGCUUUCAAGAAGUUCUCACCCUUUCCGAGACGUCUCGGUUGCUGUGCACGACGCAAGGGGUGAGCACGCGUAACGAGUUCGUGUAACAAUUCGGACUGGACUGUCUUGUCAUGAGUUGUUGCUGAAAGCUGUGAAGAAAUCUGGUCUAUCUUCUCGUUACUCACAGGCACGUAGCCUUUACUUUGAGCUGAGAGCCCAAGUUCAUCCUGAGCCACACAACGACACGUCACAGAUCACAAUGGCCGAAUCGACAAACUUCCUCGAAGCCACGGCCACUACCCAACUCACCACACACACCUACUCGGGUCUCGUUCCAGAGACGUACAGCGUCAAAGGUAUCUCGCAAGGUGGCUAUCUCCUGUCUCUCCUGCUCCGCGCUGCUCAUCAUCACUUUACGACCACACACGCCUCCCUCUCCCAACCACAUACCAUUAGCAUACAUGCCUCGCUCCUCCGGCCCACGCCCGUCGGCCGCGUUACGAUCAGUAUUACCGAUACCAAGAUCUCACGCGGCACGAGCGUGAUCCACCUCUCCCUUGCAGCAUCAUCAGGCAAGGAAAGCGUCGCGGCCUACAUCCUUCAAGGCAACUUCGACACACUUGAAGGCGUGAGCGCAGACACCGGGUACUUUGACACGCUAGAGAAAGUGCCGCCAAGAGGCUCCAGCGCGGAAAUGCACGCAAACAAGGACCCGAACUGGAAAUACGCACCUGAAUACGCCGCUCAAUUCGAUGUUCCCAGCAUCUCAUAUGCAGACAUGUAUGUGGUGCGAGACUCCGCCGAGUCUCAAUCGUCACUCUCGCGCUACUUUACGCCGUCGCGGAAAUAUAAUCCGGGUAAUUUCUCCGCCUUUCAGAUUCCUUGGCUUGCCGAUAUGCCGUACGUACCGGUGCUUUCGGAGGUCGCAAUGUCGAAGUGGCUUGCGACACUGACUAUGACUGUUGAGAUCAAGCGGCCUUUGCCAGCAGAGGGACUGGAAUGGGUGUUGUGUCGGACAAGCACUGCAGGCGUAAGAAAUGGUGUCGCGGACUACAAUACUUGGGUGCAGAAUGACAGAGGUGAGGUUCUGGCAUUUGCGACACAGGUCAUGCGGGUUGUAGAAAGUAAGAAGAGAAGUAAGAUCUAAAGAUCGUCCUGAACGGAGAGAAACUCAAGACAUGUCACGUGCUGAAAGUGCUCAUCAUAUAUAUGUAGAAUAGAACACAUAUCAUACAAAGGCAGAUGGAUGCAAUAUGGUUACAAUUCUGACACUAUGAAAGCGCUCAUUAAAUGACAUGAGUUUAAAGUCAUAUCAUGCACAGAGAAAGCGGUUC